UCCAAGCGGGUUAUUCAAAAGAUGGAUAUUUCCAUGAAUACCUCAGCUGAUACCGAUGGAUUAAAUGUCUCGGUGUGCGACGAUCUUAAUCUUAGUAACACAGAAGAUGAUGCUUUUAUUAAGAGUAGAAGUGCGAGGAAAAGGAAAGCACAAGGCAUACGACAUCGUUUGAAUUCAUCAAGUAAAAAGAAGAAAAUAAUAUCCUGUAAACUAAGUACAAGUUCAAUAGGUUCAUUUUCUAAAGAGAACCUUCGUGGAAAGAACAAAAAACUUGCUGUUGAUCUUCAAAAGUUAAAGAUUACUCUCAGUAAACUUAACAGAGAAUAUGUUGCUCUUCAACAGUAUAAUCAGGAAGCCAUGGUUACUGUGCGCAGAAAAAGAACUCAAGUAAACGAUAUACAAAAUCGUAUUAAGAAUGAAACAAAGACACGAAUUCAGAAUGGUAUGAGCAAGGUACAAGAUAUAAUUAGUAAAUCUUUGACCAAAAUGGUUUCUCAUGCCAAAUCUUCGAUUACUUCUCCUCUUGAUAAAUCAUCAGUUGAUAACAGAGAUUCCUUGAAAACAUUUGAUGUUUUGACUACACAAGUUGACAAAACAGCAAAAUUGAAUACAUUAACACAAGAUUCGGAGCCUGUUCCUGAAGUGAAUAAAUUGGAAAGAAAAAUACGGAGAUCAGCCCUUGUUUAUGAGCCCCCCAGAUGCCAUAAUCAACAAAAGAAAAGAGUGGAAACUUUAGAAAAACCAACAAAUAGUUUACUAAUAGAACCUUCGCGUGUUUGCAAUAAAUUGCAGUCAAGUGUGACCCCUGGUUCAUCGGAUAUUCACAGUAACUUAAUACCAGAGACUUUCGAAGCUAUACCUAUGUUUGUGAUUACACCAGAAGAUAAUGACUGUACAACGUACCCUGAUGAUGAAAUGAACACCACCUUAGUUUGCGCUACCCAGCCAGUAAAUAAUUUUCAAAAGGACACCCCAAUGUUGAAACCCAGAGGAAAUGGAGUAAAGACUGCAUUUCCUGUUAAAAAAUAUAAUUUUGAAACGCUUGAAACUAAAACGCUUCAUGAACAGUCUAGUAAUUUACCAAAAGUGAAUUUGAGUCCCAAUCCUUCAAUUAAUAGUACCACAAAGAGCACCAUAGAAAAUACACAUCAAAUGAAUAAGAUUUUCGUCUCUUCUCGUGAUAGAGAAAAAACGUGUAAUUUACGAGAAACAUUUAUGCCCAAACAGAAAGUCAAACCUAAGCCUAAAAUAAAGAAAAAAGUGGAAGAGCUACCCCCAAUUGUUACCCCAAAUAUACCAAAAACUAAAAGCAUUUUUGAUUUUCAUAUUGAAUCCCCUUUAGUGCUACCAGAUAAUAAAUCCACUGGAGAUGCCAAAAAUAGUCAACAAAGUUUAAAAUUAAAAUGUCCAUACUCUAACAAAUCAGAGACUAUUCCUAAAAAUAGACUGAAAGUUUCUAAAAUUACUAGUGAGUAUCUUAAGGAGGAUGGUCCUGAGAAAUGUGUGCAGCAUUAUAGUGCUCCAGUUAAAAUUAAAAGCCCAGAUUCAAAAUAUAUUGAACUUAACGGUCGCGGUAGAUCUCGCAGUAGAGGUAGACCGAAGAAAGAUGUGACUACUACAGCAAAUGCAGUUGAAGAUCCUGGUUCAAGUCAAACCUAUACCAUGCCUGUUAAUUUGAAUAGUCCAAAGAAAACAAGUUCUGAUCCUAAGACAAGAGGCAGAUCUCGUAGUAGAGGUAGACCUAAAAAAGAUAUUACUAGUAGUAGUAGUACAAAAAAUGCAAUUGAAGAUUCUGGUUUAAGUCAAACCCAUACCAUGCCUGUAAAAUUGAAUAGUCCAGAGAAAAAGGUUUCUGAUCCUAAGACAAGAGGCAGAUCUCGUAGUAGAGGUAGACCGAAAAAAGAUAUUACUAGUACAGAAAAUGCAGUUGAAGAUUCUGGUUCAAGUCAAACCUAUACCAUGCCUGUAAAAUUGAAUAGUCCAGAGAAAAAAGUUUCUGAUCCUAAGACAAGAGGCAGAUCUCGUAGUAGAGGCAGACCGAAAAAAGAUAUUACUAGUACAGAAAAUGCAAUUGAAGAUUCUGGUUCGAGUCAAACUUAUACGAUGCCUGUAAAUUUGAGUAGUCCGGAGAAAAAAGUUUCUGAUCCUAAGACAAAAGGCAGAUCUCGUAGUAGAGGUAGACCGAAAAAAGAUAUUACUAGUACAGAAAAUGCAGUUGAAGAUUCUGGUUCAAGUCAAACCUAUUCCAUGCCUGUAAAAUUGAAUAGUCCAGAGAAAAAAGUUUCUGAUCCUAAGACAAGAGGCAGAUCUCGUAGUAGAGGUAGACCGAAAAAAGAUAUUACUAGUACAGAAAAUGCAAUUGAAGAUUCUGGUUCAAGUCAAACCUAUACCAUGCCUGUAAAAUUGAAUAGUCUAGAGAAAAAAGUUUCUGAUCCUAAGACAAGAGGCAGAUCUCGUAGUAGAGGUAGACCGAAAAAAGAUAUUACAAGUACAGAAAAUGCAAUUGAAGAUUCUGGUUCAAGUCAAACCUAUACCAUGCUUGUAAAAUUGAAUAGUCCAGAGAAAAAAGUUUCUGAUCCUAAAGCAAGAGGUAGAUCUCGUAGUAGAGGUAGACCACAGACAGAAAUCAGUACUUUAAUAGAAGAUACUACUCAAGUUUAUAAUGCACCAGUUAAAUUGAAUAGUCCAGAUACAAAAUCUACUGAUGCGAAAAGGCAAGGUAGAUCACAAAGUAGAGGUAGAUCAGACAAAGAUAUUACAACAGAAAACUCAGUUGCCGAUUCAGAUUCUAAUCAAAUUUUUGCUGUGCCUGUAAAACUGAAUUCUCAAGACAACGAAUCAUUUGAUCCAAAAAUGAGAGGUAGGUCCUGCAGUACAGGAAUACCCGAAAUCAACAGUUCAGAAAACCCAGUUGAUGAAACUAAUCAAGUUUAUAGUGCUUCUGUCAAUGGUACUACUCAGAGUAGAGGAUACAAGAAAGAAACAAAUAGUCCAGACAAAAAAUCAUCUGAUCAUAAUGGUCGAGGCAGACCUGAGAGCAGAAAUAAACCCAGGAAAGAAACCAGCGCUUCUGAAAACUCACCUGACCUAUCUAAAGAUGUUUAUAGUGCUUCUGUCAAGAUGAACAGUCCAGAUUCAAAAUCUGCAAAUCUCAAAGGCCAAGGUAGAUCUCGAAGCAGAGGAAGACCCGAAAAAGAAACUAUCAACAUAGAUUUACAAGAAAAUUCAGUUUGUGGCCAACAUGCCAAAUUGAACAAACCGGACAUCAUUGUUAAAGAAUACCUAGACGAUGACCCUGAAUUGAAUAAAGCUUACAGUGCACUAGUUAAUAUGAACAGUCCAGAUACAAAACCUUCAGUUGUAAAAUGUCGUGGUAGAUCUCAAAGUAGAGGUAGACCAAAGAAAGAAAAGAUCACAAAAGAUGACCUAGAAAAACUAGAAAGAGCAACUAUAGACAAGUCGGUUGAAGAUUUUGAUUACACUGCACCUGUUAAUAUGAUCAGUCCAGAUACAAAACCUUCAGUUUUACGUAGAGGGAGAUCUCGAAGUAGAGGAAGAUCGAAGAAUAAAAUCACUGCCAUAGAAAAUGCUGCUAAAGAACCUGAAUUCUUUUCAGAUUUUAGUGCACCAUUUUCAUUUAGCAGUCCAAAUACAAAAUCCUUGACUAUAAAAUGUCAAGUUAAUGAUGAGAAUAAAGGUAGAUCUAAAACCAUUACCAAUUCAAAAAACUCUGCCAAAACUACAGAAAAGUCAAUCGAAAAUUCUGUAUUAUGUGACAUUUAUAGUGCUCCUAUUAAAAUGAACAGUCCAGUUUCAAAAUCUUCUGAAUUAAAGAGUCGAGGUAGAUCUUGUAGUAGAGGUAGACCAAAGAAAGACAUGUCUGUAGAAAGUGUAGUUAAAAGUUCUGAAACCAAUGAAUCUUAUAGUGCACCAGUUAAACUCAGCAGUCCAGAUUCAAAGUCUUCUGAUUUAAAAAGUCGAGGUAGAUCUCGUAGUAGAGGUAGACCAAAGAAAGACACGUCAUUAGAAAGUGUAGUUAAAAGUUCGGAAACCAGUGAAUCUUAUAGUGUACAAGUUAAACUCUGCAGUCCAGAUUUAAAGUCUUCUGAUUUAAAAAGUCGAGGUAGAUCUCGUAGUAGAGGUAGACCAAAGAAAGACCAGUCUGUAGAAAGUGUAGUUAAAAGUUCUGAAACCAAUGAAUCUUAUAGUGCACCAGUUAAACUGAGCAGUCCAGAUUCAAAAUCUUCUGAUUUAAAAAGUCGAGGUAGAUCUCAUAGUAGAGGUAGACCAAAAAAAGACAUGUCUGUAGCAAGUGUAGUUGAAAAUUCUGAAACUAGUGAAUCUUAUAGUGCACCAGUUAAACUGAACAGCCCGGAUUCUAAAUCAUUGGAUCUCAAGUUCCAAAGUCGAGGUAGAUCCAGCAGUCGAGGUAGACCUAAGAAGGACAUGGCUACUACUGAGGGUGCAGUUACAAAUUCUUUGUUGAGUGAAAAUCAUAGUGUUCCUGUUAAAAUGAAUAGUCCUGAUUCUAUUUCCAAAAAUAAAAGCUGUGGUAGAUCUAUUAGCAGAGGUAGACCAAAUAAAGAUCCUGCUACAGAUUCAGCUAGUGUCCACAUUAUUCAAUUUAAUAGUCCUGCUUCAACAGUAUGCACUGAAUUGUCACAACAAAAGGUUCACUCAAACAAUUUAAGACUAUCUGUUAAAGAUUUAUCAAAUAAAGAUUCUCAUUCUCAACUUCAGUCUAAUGGUACACAUGAAAUUGAAUCUGAAUCCAGCAAGAAACCCAAAUUUUCUCCUGCAUCAAAAAUUCGAAAAAGGAAAAGUGAAGAUAAUGAAUUACCUAUGCAAUCAAAGAAGGCAGCCAAUGAGAAUAAAAAUAUAUUAUUAGAAAGUCAGAAAGAUAAUGUUAAUUCAAAUGUAGAAUUAGCUAGUAAAAAGGAAAACUCAGUUUCAAAAGUUAAUCCAUGGGCAUUAAAGGCACAGAAAGCAAGAUCAAGAAGUAGUAAAUUGCUUAAUCUACCUACUAAACUAAUUCCUUCCUUAGAACAGAGCAACUUAAUAGAUCACAUGACAUCAUACCAAUCUGAAAUAUCAUCUAAAAGGUUAUCAGACGUACAUAUCAACCCUGAUUCCCUGUCAGAUGUUAAACGUAUCAGUAUUGAUGAAAUAACUGGUGAAAGAAAAAGUAGAAGAGCAGCAUGUGCUGUAUCUUAUAAAGAACCUUCACUCAGCAGCAAAAUGAGAAGAGAAGAUGUUUUAGAAAAACAAAAAGCAAGACUAAAUGAACAAAGAAUUGAUGACAACACAUGAUACCAUGGGGUGUGAUAAAGUUUACAGUUAUCAAACUAAAUAAAGAGUUGGGAUGGUAAACCCCAGGAGCUUUGGGAAAAAGAAUUGAUCAAGAAUAUAUCAAAUUCAAAUGUUGAUGCACAAGUCUUUGAUUUAUUUUAUGAUUGGAAAUUCAACUGGUUUCAGUUAGGACGUUUUAUCAAGACUGUGAUUCAAAAAGAGAUCUGUGAAAUUCAAUUUCAAUAAGUGAAUUACCUCCCUUGAUUUAUCUCAAGCAAUGUAAAAAUACUUAAUUUCUCCACUUAACUAAGUGUGUUACCUUAAAUCUGUAUUCAAAAACUGUAUGUCACAUCUCCUUGGCUAUGUGAAAAACGUAACUGUAGACUUAAAUUAGGGAAUACCCGCAAUUGCUAAAAAGUAUGAAUUUCCAACUUAUGGAAUACCCGCCACUGCCAAAAAUCACAAAUUUCUAACUUCGCACGCAAGUUAUGUCUCGUAACUGUACAAUUAAAUUAGGGAAUACCCGCAAUUGCCAAAAAGUAUGAAUUUCCAACCACCCGCCACUGCCAAAAAUCACAAAUUUCUAACUUCGCAUGCAAGUUAUGUCGCCUUAAGGGCACCACUAUACUCACACUAAACUUUCACUGUCUGUCUAAAAUUAGCUUCGCUUGAGAACAGACACUGAGAAAUAUAUAUUCCGCUUCAAUUUAAUAUCAUUGAAAAGGUUUAUUUAUUUGUGUGUAUGUCAGAUAUGAAAUUGAGUAGAACCACAUUACAAAAUAGUAUACUAUUUAGGGCAGAGAUCUAUUCUCAAAGAAGAUGGUUAUCUGUGUAUGGAAUGCACUAUACUCCGGUUAAAAGAAGGCAUUAUAAUCUCACUUAACUUUAAGGUACCUCCCAUAGGUCACUUAAAAGUUAAGGCAGCCCAGCUAACUUAAUAGAAAAUUUUAUACUUUGAAUACCACUUACCCCUAACUUUCAGAAAGUUAUGUAUAUUUAAGUGAAAUCUAGAAGUUAAGUGACUAUCUUAGACUUAAGACCUCCUUUGAAUAAAGACCCAACAUAUAGUGAUUGGGAACAUGAUUUAUACAUGUACAUAAUAUUGUAGGUUAAGCUACUGUCCAGAAAUAAACCCACCAGCUAUGAAAACAUCCCGGACAAUAUUGUGAAAAGUGCUAAUUAAUAUUAUUAAUUUUUAUGUAAAAUUCUGUAAUUGAUGUGACAAUUGUAUUCAGAAUAUUAAAUGCU